AUGUUCCCCUGCGCCCUCAGCUUCGGAACUGCGCAAGUUGAAUGCAUUGCCGAGCCAGAGGGCAAGCUGAAUGGUCCGAGGUCUGAUCUCACGUGCAACUCUCAUUUGCUUGAUGGCAUUGAGGUCCCAGCACCUGUCACCAGUUUCCUGGAUCUCAUUCCAGACAGCGGCGAUGUGGCCUUGUGCCGCGAUUCCUCCAACCCAGAGCCGGUGACCUAUCAAGAGCUGAGGGCCAUCUUGAAGGAUCCUACAAUUGCUGCCUUCUUGACAAGAGGUGACCGCGUUGCUGUGGUGCUUCAGAACGGGCGGGAGAUGGCAAUGUCCUUGCUGACUGUUAUGCACCACGCUUGUGCGGUCCCAUUGAACCCAAACUUUACAGAGGCAGAGCUGGUGUCAAGUUUCAAGCAGCUGCGCUGCAGCACCGUGAUCACCACUUCAGCACAUCUUCCGGCGCUGGCUGCUGCGCGACAGCUUGACCUGCGUAUCCUGCUACAGGUGGGCCAGGGCAGCAGCUUGAAAUUCGAGGGAUGUGAAGAUGAUGGAAGUCUGAAUCCUGCACGGGCGCAGCAGCAGGACUUUAUUGAUGAGCAGCACCCAGUGCUGCUGUUGAAGACUUCGGGAACAACUUCCAAGGGCAAAGUGGUGCCGUUCUCCAUGCGACGUUUGAAGCUUUACUGA